CGUUCAAGUGCAAACAACAAACGAAAAGUGCUGAAUAAGAAAGUUUACUGCUAAGUUACAACUGAAAGCAUUUAAUAUAUUGAGAAAGUACCAGCAAAAAAAUAUAUAGUUGAGAAAGAAUAACUGCUACAUCAAACGGACAUAAAAGAAAAUAAAACUUUUCAAUCGAAAAGUUUGUUGAUUCGCCGAAUAAAAAAAACGCCGGCUAUACCAAAAAGAGUGCUUGAUAUACAAACAAAACAAAAAAGGAUUGCCAACUGAGAAAAAGUAUCCUAUUUGGAGGUUUGUUAGAAGAGAGUGAGAGAAGAGAAGAGUUCUACCUACAUAAGUAAGAGCAAGAAGUGAAAAUAUGGCAAGCCUACCACUAUUGCUGAGCCUAGCCGACGACCUUAACCGCCUGUCGGUGGCUCCAUUCUAUGAGCCUCCAUAUUACUGCCAGCGUCAACGCAAUCCCUAUUUGGCUCUUUCCUUUGGCCCAAUCGAGCAGCAACUGCGACGUUUGGAGAAACAAGUUGGUAAUAUUGACGGACCAACUCCGAAGGUCGGCAAAGAUGGCUUCCAGGUGUGCAUGGAUGUGGCCCAAUUCAAGCCGAGCGAGUUGAAUGUCAAGGUGGUGGACAACUCUAUUGUGGUCGAGGGCAAGCAUGAGGAGCGUGAAGACGAUCAUGGCUUUAUCACUCGCCAUUUCGUCCGUCGCUAUGCUCUACCGGAUGGUUAUGAAGCCGACAAGGUGGCAUCUACUCUAUCUUCGGAUGGCGUCCUCACUGUCAGCGUUCCCAAGCCGCCGGCCAUCGAGGAUAAGGGAAGCGAGCGUGUCAUCCAAAUCCAGCAAGUGGGACCGGCCCAUCUCAACGUCAAGCAGAAUGAGAAGGAGAAGGUGGAGCAGCAAGGCAAUGGCAAAGCCGAAUAAAGACUCCCAUCAAACUACAUCUAUGCCAUAAGUCAUUCAUAUACAUACAUACAUAUAUCAAAGUUAUUGUCUGUUUUAUUGUACUACUAGUGUAGGCAGCGUUCAUGAACCUAUAAAUCAGAUAUGUAGAACCAUACAUAAAUACAUAUAGUUAUGUAUAAAAAUUGCACUGAUUAUCCUUAGUUUACGUUGAUUCG